CUCACACAUGUACUGACACUAAAAAUAUUGAGUGGGUGGAGCCAAGACUUUCUUUUCUAUUUAGUCAUCAUCAAAGAGGAAAUGAACAUUUACAGUGAGAAACCAACAAACUAAGAAUGACUCUACUGCUGGAAAUAAUCCUUAUUUUCAUGCUUCAGUCUGGAGUUUCUUCUGAAGGUUUCAGUGUCAAGAUAUUCUAUAAAAGAGUUGGAGAGGACGUCGUUUUACCGUGUGAUACUGAUAGAUACGCUGACCAAUUCUAUUAUGGUUACUGGUUUUUCAACAUAACUGGAAAAGAUAAUUUAGAAGAAAUAAGCUGCAACGACAAUGUUGUCCAGAGUUCAGCUAGAGCUUCCAGGCUGAGUGUGAGCAGUGACUGCUCUCUGCUCAUCAGAAACAUCACUGAUGAAGAUGCUAAUCAAUACGUCUGUCGACUUGAAGACAAUGAACAAAAUGACGUCUAUGUGUUUCUUAAUAUUUUGAGCAUCUCUUCGUCUCCUUCAGAUAUUUAUGGAAGAGUCGACCUAACAUGCUCAUUAAAGAGUUUUAAUGGACCAAAUGCCUGUAAUGAAAACAGCUUCAUCUGGAUGGAUGAGACAGGAUCUCAACUGUCUGGUAAAAAUCCUGAGUUUGAGGUUAAAAAACAGACAAACUGUGUUUCUGUUCUGACUGUGAAACAUCAGAGUGGAAACAACAAAAGAUUCACCUGCAAGUUUGUUAAAGAUGAUGAAGUGAAGAUAGAAGCUGUCUACGUUCUAACAGACAUCAGUGGACAAACUAAACAUCUCUAUCAAAGAGUUGGAGAUGACGUCCUUUUACCUUGUAGAACUAAAUCCUCCUCUUCCUCAUGUUCUGAUGUUACCUGGCUGUACCAGAAAGAUCCAAAUGCAGCAUCAAUAACAGAAGUAAACAAUGGAAAUGUUGUCCAGAGUUCAGCUAGAGCUUCCAGGCUGAGUGUGAGCAGUGACUGCUCUCUGCUCAUCACAAACAUCACUGAUGAAGAUGCUGGUCGAUAUCUCUGUCGGCUCAGGAACAAGAAUGAGUUUGAGACGUAUCUUAAUACUUUGAGCAUUUCUAAAGAUCCACCAGAAGUUCAUCUAAGAGGAAAUGGAAGUGUCACAUUACAGUGUUCACUGAAUAGACAUGAUAAAACAAUUCCCUGUAACCAGAACAGCAUCAUCUGGAUGGAUGAGACAGGAUCUCACCUGUCUGGUAAAGGUGUUGGGUUGGAGUUUAGAGGACAAACAAACUGUGAUUCUGUUUUGACUGUGAAACAUCAGAGUGGAAACAACAAAAGAUUCACCUGCAAGUUUGUUGAAGAUGAAGAAGUGAAGAUAGAAGCUGUCUAUGUUCUGGACUUUUCAGAAUCUCCCCAGAGCAACACAGUCAUCAUCAUUGGAGCUGUGGUCGGUGUGGUGUUGGUGCUGCUGGUCGUCUUCGCCAUUCUUCUCUUCAGAAGCAGGAGAGCCAAAGUCACAGAGGAUCAGAGAAGAGGAACAAGUACAGACUUUCAAAAGCCAACAGGUCAAUAUACUGAGCCGCAGAGUGAGCAGGAGAGUGAACUGACGUAUGCUGCUGUUAACCAUUCCAAACCAAAGGCUUCCUCAAAGAUUACAAUAAAAGAGGAAGAAAGUGAGGUGACCUAUUCUUCCAUUCAAAUAAAGUGAGAAGAAGCAGACAGUGAUGUCUCCACAGCUGCAUCCGUUCAGCAGUUACUUCUGUCCAGAUGAAGAUGAGGAAGAAGAUGGGGAUGAGGAUGAAGAUAAGGACGGCACAUUGAUGUACAGUUUUCAGUUAAGAUGUUUAAAACAAGACACUGAUUCAGAAGCUUCACAUUUAAAAUGAGACAUGUUUUAAUAGUUUAUCAUACAAGUUUCCAUUUUUAUUUUAUUUAUUUUUUUGGCUGCAUUUUGUUCCUUGUCAAUUGUUGUUUAAGAUUUCUUAUGAAAGCAUUCCAAAGUGAGUUUCUAAAUACAAUGAAUUAUUUCAGAAUUUGUUUAAAAAUAGCUUAAUGGUUUUUUUUAUAUAAAUAAAUAAUUAAGAUAGAUUAAUGUUAAAUUGUAACAAUAAAACCUAAACAUUAUGAAAUCUUCAUUUAAUCUUUUCUCUCUUUUAUUUUGUAAACAUGUCCACUUUGGCAAGAACUGUUUGCCUUAAAGAAAAUUUCCAUGAUGGACAUUUGGACACUUUAGUGACCACCCUGCACCCAGCAGGAGAUUCUCUGCUGCAGUGGUAGAGUUCUCACCACUGCAGUCAAUGUUAUGUCACGCCACCCCAGAACACGUCAACGCCACGUCACAUCAAACCAAACGGCUUCCUGCUCCUGAGGGGGAAAACUGGAGCCACAGCUCUUCAUGUCUCCUGUCCCUAACUAUUAGUUACUGUAAUUUCAUCAGAAAUGUCUCUAAAUUGUAAUAGAUUACAAGAUCCAUGCAUACUUGAACUACAAAACUAUGACUCUGUGGUAGCUUCAGCCAUCCUUUAUGCAGUAGUCUGCUGGAGCAGCGGAAGCUCGGAGAGAGACAGGAAGAGAAUGAACAAGCUCGACCGGUCGAUCGCGAUCGACUUAAUGAGCACCCCUGGUCUAGUGGGUCUAGAUGACCCAACUCCCAAUGUUAAAGUGCCUAGGAUAGCACAAGGGUUAAAACUGUGUUCUUGUGUUUAUCUGUGAUCAUGUUACAAGAAAAGAAGAAAAAAAAAGUGACUCUAAGAGGUUGUUUUUUUUUGUACUGAGACUACAAAAAUAGCCCAAAUCUUCAUCACUGUAUGAAUGUAUAACUGAUGAUUGUAUUGCUUUUGUGUAUUUCUAUUUCUAUUUGAUUGCUUGAAAUAAACCAUUUCAAAUCAAAAUCAAAUCAAUGGAUGCAAGAACUAUGAAAAUGUAACUCGGCCUAUUGAGAUGUUUUUGAUUGAAAUAGUUUUGGAUUUCAGUCUGUUUUUUAUAAGUUCGCAACAAGGUUAAGAGUUCCAGGGACUGUGAAUACGCUAAUGUGGCUAACAUGUAGCAUGUUACUAACAAGUUAUGUAUCGUGAACAUAGUUAAUAAAGUCUGACUAAUGGACUUUUCCCUCACUCUUGUUUUGGUUAAUGCGCUUCAAAGUUUAGUGCACCUUAUAUAUGAUGUUUGAAAACAAACGAUUCAAUGACAGUGCGCCUUAGAAUCUGUAAGUCCUGUAAUGUACUUGAAUUAACACACGCCGAUCCCAUCUAUGUCCUGCAAUUUCACACAAUGUAUGAAAAUGCCUUUUUUCAAAUAAAACCACAGAUGUGUCACACACUGAACAGGUUUCACCUGUAUUCAGGUACACACACAACAUGGAAAUAAAACAGGGCUUCUCCUCGGGUGUAUAACGUAAAGUGAACAAAAGGCAGUGAUCCAAGGUUAUUAUAGUUAACGAAAACGAACGAAAAAACUA